AUGGCCGAGCCCGAGUACUCCGAGUACUACGAGUACUCCGACCUGAUCGCCAAGCACUACAACUACACGGGGAAGUACCGGCAGCCGUCGGCGGCGGCGGCGCGGCUGAAGGCCGACUCCGUGGUCUUCAUCAUCGUGUGCGUCUUCAUCGUGCUGGAGAACGUGCUCGUGCUCGCCACCAUCUGGCGCACCAAGAAGUUCCACAAGCCCAUGUACUACUUCAUCGGCAACCUGGCGCUGUCCGACCUGCUGGCCGGGGGCGUGUACACCGCCAACAUCCUGCUGUCGGGCGCCAACACGUACCGCCUCACGCCCACGCAGUGGUUCUUCCGCGAGGGCAGCAUGUUCGUGGCGCUGGCGGCCAGCGUGUUCAGCCUGCUGGCCAUCGCCAUCGAGCGCCACCUGACCAUGCUGCAGAUGAAGCUGCACAACGGCGGCAGCGCGGCGCGCGUCUUCCUGCUGAUCGGCGGCGUGUGGAUGGUGGCGGCCGUGCUGGGCGGGCUGCCCGGCGCCGGCUGGAACUGCGUGCGGCGCGUGACGCGCUGCUCCACUGUGCUGCCGCUCUACCACAAGACCUACAUCCUGUUCUGCACCACCGUGUUCAGCGUGAUCCUCGCCGCCAUCGUGGUGCUCUACGCUCGCAUCUACGCGCUGGUCCGCACGCGCAGCCGCAAGCUCGUCUUCCGCAAGGUGUCCAACGGGCGUGGCGGCGGCGGCGGCGGUACCGCCGGCAGCGUUGGCGCGCGGAGCUCGGAGAAGUCUCUGGCGCUGCUGAAGACGGUGAUCAUCGUGCUGAGCUGCUUCAUCGCCUGCUGGGCGCCUCUCUUCGUGCUGCUGCUGCUGGACGCCGCCUGCGAGACGCGGCGCUGCCCGAUCCUCUACAAGGCCGAGUGGUUCCUGGCGCUCGCCGUGCUCAACUCCGCCAUGAACCCGCUCAUCUACACGCUGACCAGCAACGAGAUGCGCGGAGCCUUCCUCAAGACGCUGCUGUGCUGCACCGCGCGCCUCAGGCCCCGCGGCGCCGCCAAGCUCGGCGCCGCCGCCGCCGCCGGCGCUGCCAUGGCGCCCGUCGAGUUCAGCCGCAGCAAGUCGGACAACUCGUCCCACCCCCACCGGGACGCCGAGGACUCGCCGAGGGAGACCACCACCACCACCACCACCACCGCGGGGAACGUGUGAGGCGGUUACAGCGGGAGAAAGGCUGUUCUCGUGGAGCGUUCGUACUGAACGUAACUUAACGUAAAGCUCCUGAAGCCUCCGCACGGAUUUAGUACUCUCAGGUGUUCAUGUCCUGGCUGGUGUUUGGUGUUUUAAGCCCCCAAUAUGUUGUCUUCAAAGUACUAGGAUUAGGUUUAAGCCCCCAAUGUUGUCUUCAAUGUACUAGGAUUAGGCUUAAACCCCCAAUGUUGUCUUCCAGGUACUAGGAUUAGGUUUAAGCCCCCAAUGUUGUCUUCAAGGUACUAGGAUUAGUUUUAAGCCCCCAAUGUUGUCUUCAAUGUACUAGGAUUAGGCUUAAACCCCCAAUGUUGUCUUCAAGGUACUAGGAUUAGGCUUAAACCCCCAAUGUUGUCUUCAAGGUACUACGAUUAGGCUUAAACCCCCAAUGUUGUCUUCAAGGUACUAGGAUUAGGCUUAAACCCCCAAUGUUGUCUUCAAGGUACUAGGAUUAGUCUUAAGCCCCCAAUGUUGUCUUCAAGGUACUAGGAUUAGUCUUAAGCCCCCAAUGUUGUCUUCAAGGUACUAGGAUUAGUCUUAAGCCCUCAAUGUUGUCUUCAAGGUACUAGGAUUAGGCUUAAACCCCCAAUGUUGUCUUCAAGGUACUAGGAUUAGGCAAUGGUUAGGGUUAGGUGCUUUGAAGUCAUAGACAGUAUAUAUAUAAACUGGACCA